GCGUCCUUCGCGCGCGCAACGCAAAUAUUGCAGCAUUUCUCAAUCCUCUAGCUUCAAGUCCACUUAGCGACUGCGAGGAUCUCGUCGUGUAGUGCAUCCAAACCGGCUACCGUACAUGCAGGAUCCAGCCACUUAUCUAACAUUUAAACGGUAAAGGCAGUCGAUUCGGAUAAUACUAGGUUUUUGAUUGCAUGACAGUGUACGACUGGAUGCUUUAUCGAGUGUAAAAUGUCUGAACAACGAAAUAGUGAUGGAAUGUGUCCGAUUUCCGUUUACCAACCAAGCAGUUUAGGGUGCUUUGCGCAGAUUGUCUAGCCUAUCGGAUGGUUCCGAAUACAGGUGUUCCUGGAAAAAAAACGCAUGGUAAUAUUUCAGGGCAUGCACAUGACAUAAUGUUGUUGUAGGUGGAGACAACAUCGUCAGCUCUGACACAAGCAUCAUCGCCGCUUCAUCUGCUUUCAUUUAACCGCGUCUCUCCUUUCCUACCCACGGCAUCCCUGUCUGACGGAGGAGCCUGACGGCCGCUAGGAGAAAAGGAUGCUCACCGUAGCCACGACAGGACUGCGUCUGACCCUGAGGUAGCCAUCGAUACAGUUUUUGACGAAGUCAUUUCUAUAACUAGCAGUUUUUUUCUGUAUAGACAAAACACGCGGAUUUUGCUUGUGUCGACCGUGCUCUUUCAAACAAGGUCUUGAGAGAUUUGCGUUAGCUGUUGCGAUGAUAAAUCGCGUAAUGUAGGCUACGAAUACACUGUGGUAGACUGUCGCAGAUAAGCUACUAAUUCAUUAAUUUCUGUUUAUUUCAUCAGAAAGGACCCAAUUGCUAAAAACUGACUGGUGGUGUGCCAGUUUGAAUUGAAGAAUGAGUCAAACACCAAAAAUGGCACUCUAAAGGUGUGGAACGGGUAGUUCGUGUCUUCAACCUGCACGGACGGUCGGGAAUUAAGCGUAAUACCGAAAUCCUGUAUUUGACUUUGAGCCACUGUUUUCCGCUUCGGUAACACAAACCGCUGUGGACAUAAUGCUUUGAUCUUGGAGCAGUCUCAAAUCUCGGAGAACACAACUGCCUCUGAAACCUACCUGCUCCUGAAUUUAGCAAGUGAGCUCUGCCCCGUUAUCACCCAUUUACAAACUAAGUUUUAUAGCAGAGUAGGAUAUGAUACCAGGAGCUGCUGCAACGAUGUUACCUUCCUCUGAAGCUGCGAAACUCUACCAAAAGAACUAUAUCAGGAACUCCAGCGCCAUUGGACUCCUGUGGUCCAUUUUCACUAUACUUUUUGCUAUCUUGAACGUGGUGGUUUUCAUGCAGCCGUACUGGAUAGGGGACGGCAUGGACACACCUCAGGUUGGUUACUUCGGCCUCUUCCACUACUGUAUUGGUGACGGGCUCUCCCGGGACCUUGAUUGCCAGGGAACCUUUACCGAGUUUGCCGCCAUCCCUUCCACCGCGUUCAAGGCCGCGUCCUUUUUCGUGGGAACAUCCAUGGUCCUUGUGCUCUCUUGCAUCGGCUGCUUCGUCCUCUUCUUCUUCUGUAGUACGCACACAGUUUUCAAGAUAUGCGGAUGGAUGCAGCUGGCCUCAGGUGUGUGUCUGGUGCUGGGCUGCAUGAUCUACCCGGACGGCUGGGACGCCAAGGAGGUGCAGAGCAUGUGCGGGGAGCAGACGGACAAAUACUCCAUCGGAGCGUGCUCAGUGCGCUGGGCCUACAUCCUGGCCAUCAUGGGCAUCCUGGACGCCCUCAUCCUCUCCUUCCUGGCCUUCGUGCUGGGCAACCGACAGGACAACCUGAUGGCCGAGGAGCUGCUGGCGGAGAGUAAAGCGGAGGGUGGGAACGCCUAACACACACUGAGCUCUUGCCGCACCAGGGUCACGUCCUUGCAUAAUGAUCCAAGAUCCCAGAAGACGUCAAACAACAAUAGUAUCAUAAAAAAUGUAAGAACACACACACUCUCCACACACAACUACGUAGUUACCCCCCCCCCCCCCCCCACACACACACACAUACACACACACACACACACACACAUACAUACACACAUGAACUCUGCUAUGAACUGAACUUCUCACUCUGCCCCUAAUGUCUCUGCCACUUCCCAGGCUGUGAGAAGCCUCCCAAGGAACAUGUUCUCUGUACAUAUUUAAGCAGCACAUAAUUUAGAGACUGUUACCACAACCACCAGCCCCGUCCCGCAUCUUUUACACACACAACUGCAUCAGAACACACAUACACAAACACACACACACACACACACAACAUAAAUGAACAAUGUCAUAGCCUAUGUACAGUAUAGUAGACAAUCACACUCUAGAAGCCCGUCAAGAACGCAUUUCUCAACAUGGACAAUUAUUCAUGUACAUGGCGGCUCUUGUGACUGCCAAAAAAGCAUAUUAGAGCUGGUUUCCUGUUCAGGAUUACAUUUAUGUUUUUCCCUGUUUCCUGUGUUUUUCAUGACUUAUAACUUGUUGACAAAGAAUGCUUUAUUAUCAGUAGUAUGUUUCUGGAGCAGUUAGCAUUAAUGAAUAUAUGAAUACAGGCUAUCAGUUCUACUUCUCAUCACAUGUGGAAGCAUUUCAAAGACAAUUUCCACCUAACCUAACCUUCAGAAGAUUAUCACUGGAUCCCCUCGCACUGUGAAAGGAUUAAGACUGCACUAGCUUUUCCUGUCCUGUGUUUCAAUAUGAGUGUACGGCUGUUGUGUUUGCGUCUAUUAGAGAGAGAGAGAAAGAGAGAGAGAGUAAGUGUGUGUUGGUGUACCCUGAGCACACAAUGACAAUGGUAGGAUAACAACCAGGCAGUUUAACUAUAACCUAACAUCAGCUGAAACCAAGAAAAUCCAAAACCCAUCGGUGUUGUAAAAUUUACAGUGCCCAUUUAAUGUUUAAUGGCUUUCCAACAUAAAACCAAGAGAUUAUGUAAAUACAGUACUCCAUAAUGCAUACCUAGCUAUUUAUAGUUUAUUCUGGAUCACCCUUAAGACCAGCGCUCUUUCUGUCCUGUGGUUAUGAAAUAGCUUCUACCUUUUUCCAUAGGAGCCUAUGGGCCCCUCCAGCUAAUACUGUCCUAUGGCUCCUCACACAUUUAUUUACUCUGUGAUAACGUUCAGACUCUACUUAUAUCAGAACCUCUGUAGCAUAUCAGAAUUGUUCCAUUACUGCUGAUUACUUCAUUUGUACUUGACCUUAUCUUUUUGAAUGCAUAGCUUUAAAGGAGGUGUAAAGCUUAACCCACCAACCCCCCCCCCCACACACACACACACACAUAUCACAUGCACAUGCUAGUUAUGUAUUAUGGUGUUAGUUUGUACUCAUAUUUACAUAUACUGCACACUGCUAGACAAUGUAAACAUGCACAUGCAGAUGACUGCACUAUAGCUUUUCCUGUUACUGACCAACAUGGCUGGUCUGACUUUGUUGCGAUGUGUAAAUAUGUCAAAAAAAUCUAAACACCCCCCACGUGUUCUGUGUCUCUGUCUCUGUUCGGCCUGAGCCGUGUCUCAGCAAACGCACCCUUUAGUUGGGUUAUAUAUACAGGGUAUUUGAUGAGAAGAGGCAUCGCACCAACGGGGGUGGUUAUGAUAUGCCACAUUAUAAUCCCAUCUGUUUAGUUCUCCUGUUAUGGAUGUAUACUUGUGUAAAUAGCCCAUACAUUACAAAUGUGUAUGAAAUCAGCAAAGACUACAGAUUAUUAUAAAUGUCAAUAAAGAUUUUCACUGUGUAGGCA